UCUAAUUUUCUCAUUAGCCCACAACACACAGCAAAUAUGAAGAGAGAGGGUCGCCAACAUGGAAUGGUUAGGAGCUACUGGAUCCUACCAUUUCCAUUAAACCGGAGACCCGAGACUCGGGUUGUCAACAAAUUCGAUUCACCCCCAACUGCUGGGUUGUUCACCAAGGUCCCAUCCAAGCCCACCAACCACUCCAAAUUCACUGGGAAGUGUGGCACCCCAAGGUGCAACGGGUGCCAUGUCAACCCGGCAUGUAAGUCCAAGCCCAAGACCAAGGGGGCCCAGAAGUUGAAGUCGUGCGACGUCGUUGUGAGUUCUCGGUUAAUCAGCUGGCGGGUCGUGGACGGGCAACCCGGCUUGAGUUUUUCUGGAGUUUCUGCCACGAAUCUUUUGGAUCAUAUGUUUGGUGAUUAUACGAAUGACGAUGAAGUUUAUAAUAGUGAUUUUGAGUAUGAUGGGCCAAUAAUGGAUUUUGAAUCUCCAUGUGAUAGGGACAAUGAGAUUAAUAAUCAUAAGGACGGCAAAAAAGACAAUAAUAGCGAUAGAAACGAUGAUAAUGUAAGUUAUUGUGACGUGGGAUUCGUGUUGGACCAAGUUGAAGGAGAGGAAGGGUGGUGUCUAGUGGAAGAAAUGUGAUUUUUAAUCUCUUUUUGAUUUAUUAUGUCCACCGACCAUUGUGAAUGGUUCCUUUGUAUUUUAUUUUAUUUUAUUUUGUACUUUUCUUAAAUUUAUGUACCUCUCUUUGUAUGUGAGUAGGUCAUGGAUUCUUAUUCAGGACCAUGUAAAGCUUUCAUAUA